AUGGCUGGUGAUGAGAUUGUUCUUCAGAACGACAGUCUGAUGGCGGGCGACAACGCGACGGUGUGUCCUUGCUUUGUUGCUGGAGAGGAAGCCGCGGUUUGGCUGACUUCGCCUUGUGAUGGUGCGAUUGUGGGAUUCCAGAUUUUCUGGAGAUCACUGCUCGGCGGAUCACCGAUCUCGCUUGAAGAUUCGAUCAUCGUGUACGAGGGUGGGAACUUCCCGAAUCCGGGUCCAGUGAAGGAAGAACUGCUUGCGCCGGCGCUGCAGGAUGGUGGACUCAACGAGUUCCGUUUCGAGGACGAGAACCAAACGAUCCCGAUUAAUAUCCCAGUGAGCGCGAACGAGGAGUUCGUGUUGUCGCUCAAGUUCUUUAAUGACUCAACGCUUACUGGUCCGAGUGUUUUGUUCGAUGAUUCAGGGAUCACUCCCAACAAAAACGCGGUGCGGAUUUCGAGCGGUCAAUGGCGCUCUUCAGAAUCACUCAAUGUCAGCGGUGAUUGGAUUAUCCGUGCGAUCGUUGAGUGCAGCGGUGAACAAGUCGGCGCCGCGUGUAUGCAAGACGGCUCGUGCAUGGACGGCUUAACCGAAGCAGAAGCGGUCAUGCUCGGUGGUGUCUGGAGCGGUCCAGGGACAGCGUGCGAUUCGAUCCAGUGCUUGGGCGCCUGUUUCAUCCCGGCGACUGGUGCGUGCACACAGUUCGAUGCGUUUACAUGCAACAUCGUUGGCGGCGACUGGUUCGGUCCGGGUUCGACCGAAUGUGUCGAAGCGUGUCCUGCGGACCUGACGAUGGACGGCAUGCUCAACUUCCUCGAUGUGUCCGAUUUCUUGGGUGCAUUUUCAGCGAGCGAUCCGGUCGCGGACUUUGAACCUGAUGGGAGCUUUAACUUCCUUGAUGUGUCAGCAUUCCUCGCGGCAUACGCGAAGGGUUGCCCAUAA